AAUCAGUCGCGAAAAAGGAUCCGAUCGAGAGAGAUAGAAUAGUAUCAGUACCAGAGGGAAAUUCAUUUACAACUCUCAUCACCGCCCCCGCACCGAGUCCGAUCUGUCAGUGGAUCAGCCAAUACUCUCUUGCGAGAUAAAAGGGAAAUGUCGCCGGGCUCGACGAAUCGAUAUACCUAGAGUCGCGUAAAUGCUGCUCUCCCGCCGCCGCCUCGGCGAGAGAAAACACGACGGCGGCGGCACUCGUCGCUCGACGUUCGACGAAGGAGGAGUUGUGUCAUCACAAGCUGCUCUCGACUGUUCCGCGCCGCGAUUUUACGACUUGCGGUUCCGGAGUUUCGUUGCAGCUGUUGCCGGACAACGGGGACGAUGUUGCUGACGUCUGGCUCGGGUGUGCGUCGAAGCGCAGCAAUAUUCCUGCUGCCCAUCCUCGCGGCUUGCUGCUCUUCGGCUCAGCAGCAGCAGCAGCAGAGGGUCGUGCCGUUUAGGAAGGCUAAGUUAAUGCACAAACCAAGCUACCUAAGCCAAGCACAGCUGAAUACAUUGGCAAGCUUAUCAAAUGUUGAUCAUAUGAAUGAAGUGUUGGACAAUGUAUGCAUUCCUAGAGUUGUUGGAACACCUGGUCAUAAACAAGUUAGAGAGUAUAUUACAUCCAGCAUGAAAAAUUUGAAUUGGACUGUAGAAAAUGAUAAGUUUGAAGAUUAUACUCCAAUAUUUGGCAGGAUUAAAUUUGAAAACAUCAUUGCCAAAUAUAAUCCAAAUGCAAAGAGAUAUCUUACAUUAGCUUGUCAUUAUGAUUCCAAAUAUGAGCAGAAAUAUGACUUUAUUGGUGCUACAGACAGUGCUGUACCAUGUAUGCAGCUUAUUAACUUGGCCAAAGUUAUGGAAAAGCAACUUAAAUCAAUAAAAGAACAUGAUGUUAGUCUUAUGCUGUUGUUCUUGGAUGGAGAAGAAGCUUUUAAACAGUGGGGUCCAAAAGAUUCCAUUUAUGGUGCAAGGCAUUUAGCUGCAAAAUGGCAUAAAAAUCAGUAUACAUAUGGAACUGAGAAUGGCAUAUCUGAUUUAGAUAAAAUUGAUCUCUUUGUACUAUUAGAUUUGAUUGGUGCUCCAAACCCGACGUUUUACAAUUACUUUAGUGAUACUUCUAAAUGGUAUUCGUUAAUGUCAAAAGCUGAAAGUAUUUUAGCUGAAAUGAGGCAAUUUGAAAAGUAUUCCUAUGGAAGACCGCAAAGAAAGUAUUUCCAAGAUUACACAAUCACUGCAGGAAUACAAGAUGAUCAUCUACCAUUUUUGGAAAAAAAUGUUCCAAUUUUGCAUUUAAUACCAUAUCCAUUUCCGGACUUCUGGCACACCGAAGGCGACAAUAGAAACGCCAUCGACCUGGCAACUGUUGAGAAUUUAAACAAAAUUCUGAGGGUAUUUGUAGCUUCAUAUCUAAACAUGCAAGUGUAAGUGUACAUUAAUUGUUAACCCAUUCUUGCCCGUUUAUAACAUCAAUUUGUCUGAUAGCUUUGUUUUCAUCUAAAUGUGAUUCACACUGAAUGUAAAACUUAAGGGAAUCUCAUACUUAGAAUAAAUUGAAAAUUAGAAUUUGGUCCAUAUAACGUCUUUAGCAAAAGCUAAGUCAUCAUUCAAGUUGAUUUUAUAACUCUAUUUUGCGCGUAUUUUAUGGACAUAAUGGGUUUCAAAUAUAAAUCUUGAAAAAUGUCUCAAAUGGACGUCUAAACACAGCCAAUGUUUGUUCGAUAUGUAAACAGCCAGGAAGAAAAUGUGCAAUCAACAGAACGUUCGGAGCUAUAAGAAAUGUUCGAUAUUAGCGUGUACGAAUAUUUUUUUAAACGUUGCCAAGGAGGAUAAUGUAAAUAGUGAAGAGACACUGAAAAAACGUGAUAUAUUAAUUACGUAAUUUUUUAAGACGAAUGACUGUAUUUUGUACUAAUAAAUUCGUAGUUGUUAAAUUAUGACGUUGUUUUAACUAUUUUUUCUAAUUCAAUUUUUUUUUAUUUUAAAUAAUUUACGUUAAAUUUUUCCCAAUUCGCUUGAUCAAUGAAAAUAUUAUCACAAACGAAAAAUCGUGUCUCUUCACUAAAAAUAUUGCAAACGAUGUAUCAUAUAGAAUGAGUGCACGCCGAUUUGUUUAUACGCUGUACAUUAAAUGCAUGAAAUAUUUAUGAAAGCAGAUGGAAAUAGAGGAUAUUUUGUUGCCACUAGCUACGCAUCCGUGAUCCCGUCCUUUCACGCUAGCGUGAGCGUGAUUUCCUGUGACGUGAUUGGCGUAGACAAAAGGAGUUUCGACAUUUAUCUAUAGUCUUGUUUCGCUCGCUGUAUAUUAUAUUAUAUCUCUGUGUAACCGACAUUUUAGCGGAAUUCAUCCUCAUGCUUUAGAAGAUGGUUGGUGGAGUGAAAAAUAAAAAUGCAAAAAUGAUGGAGCGUCGAGAGAAAGCGAGAGCAAAAUCGGCAUCGCAGAUAGAUAGGUGUUGGCAACAAUGAAGCGAGGUCAUUGUUCGUUUGGCGCUCUCCCACCUGCAGAGCGUAGAGUUCCUAUGGCGAGCAGAACUUACCUGUUCCGUUCGCCAUAUUGGUACUUGUAAGAAGCUACAUAUAAAAGGGGAAUUUGUUAUCCAGCGAGAGUGUUAAUUUUGUAAAUUGCUUUUUGAGUGGCGAAUCAUUGUUGUAAAUUUGAUAUUUAUGUAAAAACAUCUAUUUUAAAUGUGUUAAUAACUAAAAUCAGUUACAGAAGAAUUUAUAUUUACAUUAGUGAGAACAAACAAACAUUUUAUUUUAUAACGAAUUAUUUUAUCGAUCAAUACGUGCGAUCUAUGUUAUUAAAAAGUAUAUGGAUUUUCCAAAUUUCAAUUGACAUUAAAAUUUUGAAUGGAAAAAG